AUGUAUGCCUGCGUGUCUGAUGCAAGUAGUGUUCUUCAAGAAUACAAGAAGCAUCCUUCUUCGGGCCCACGUGAACUCACACUAGCCAUGGUUCGCUCCAUUGAAGAGGAUGACAAACCAGCCAAGAGGGGAAAGAAACCAGAGGCACAGAAGGAGGCGAAACCUAAGCAAAAGAAGCAGAAGAAGCUAGCUCGGAGACUCAUUCUUCAAUCCUCAAGCGAUUCGGACUCCGAGUAUGUUCCUCCUAAAAACAAACCUACUGCUCACUCAGAAUCAGAAAGCAAAAGUUUUGAUGAGGAGGCUUCGGGUCGUGGUGAUACCCCGCCUCGCUCGCCUACCCCAAAGGUAAGUGUUCGCUCCCAACCCCCUUCUCCUCCACCCAUUUCUGUACCAGUCUCACUCCCUCCAAAUUUUCCCAUCACUACCUCUCAACCAUCAACCACUAUUCCCAUCCCUGAUCCAAUCUUCACCAAGACUACCACCACUAAUGGAGUUCGAACCAACGUAUCUAAUACGGGGGCUCACUCUUCAGCACCUGAACCUCCAGUUACAACCGAACCACCAGUUACUACCGAACCUCCCAUCACUAUAAAACCCUUAUCUCCUACCCAAUCCACCGAAACCAACACAGUUCUUGGCAGUAAGGACUUGGAGUUUGAUUUAACUUACUUCAGUCCCUACCGUGUCCAUAGUGACGACGACGAAGAUGCUCCUGUAGCCAAGCGCCAACUCAAGGUCGUUACUGACAAGCUUUAUCAUCUGCUUUCCUCCUCUUCCACUGGUGCAUUUUCUGAUGCUGCUCUCAAAGCCUUGUUCUCUUCAGUUGUACAAGAACAUGAUGCUUCUCUCACUGCUGCAGCAAAGGCCAUAGAUGCCUCUACCUCCCAGUGCCACAAGGCCUUUCUUGCUGUUGAGGCCUCCACUAAGGAAUGCAAAGAAGCGAUUGCAAAAGUCGAUAAACUAAUUUCUGAGGCUCAUCUAUUUUUAGAUUCUUUGCAGGCUGCUGCUCAAAAGAAUUCUCAGACGGUGAAUGCUUCGACUGAUGACCUUCAGUGUUCUCUUCAAGCUGAAAGGUCUAAUCUUGAAGCUGCUCGUCAGGCCAUCGAAGCUGCCAAUGCCACCUUACACGAUAAUGUCAAUGAUCGUUUGACUCAACUGGAGGCAGAGUUGGCUAUUGAAAAUCGCAUCAUGGAUGAGCUAGACAAACACACCUCUCAGCUAAAAAUGCGAAAUCUCAAGCUUUGCACUGCAAAAAACGAGCUUAAUGAUUUGAAAUCCGAAAGGGAGCCGAAACAAGGGGGAGAAAAGGCGAAAACUCAACCUCCUCCCGAACCUAAGCCAACAGAUGAACCGAAAGUUAAUGAAGCUUCGGUCGGCAAAAGGAAAAAGAAGAUUGGUGAAGAUGACACAGAUGAUGAAGGUGAUUAUGAAGAUACUCUGGGUGAAAUUACCGAUAAGCCUUAUCAGAAAACAAAACUUUCUGAUAAAGAGCUUGCCGAAAAGUUCAAGAAGCAAACGGCUGAGAUGGAAAAGAAGCAAAAUGAAAAGGAGCUAUUGGAGAAAAAGAAGUCUAUUUUUCCAGAGUGGACCAUUGAUUUGCUUCAAAGGAGUGCUAUUGAUGAACCAAGUAUUCUUUGGCUCGAACCAGUCAUGUCGUUUGGACUUGAAAACUCCUAG